AUGAAACAAGCGACGCUGACUUCUCUCAAUGACUCGAGGAUGCUUGACCGCCUUCUUCAAGUUGAAUCAACACUUAAAAACCUCCUCAAAUUCCUCGCUACGCACGACGUUCCCGCUUUGCCCAGGCUAUUUAGAAAUUGGCUGGAUCAAAACUGGAGCUUAGAGAAGUUGUUCGAGAUGACGCAGUUGUCAGUCGAGGGAAAAUAUCAGGCUCGAAACUUCAGCGAGAUGGAGCUGGACAUUGCCACGGUUGUAUACGAGCUCGGUGGUGGUGCAACGCUCUAUGCCUUGCAAAAAUCCCCUUUCGCUUUUCCGUCACGAAACACCCUUGCCAAACGUCGUCGCGAAUACCAACUGAGGAUCAGUAUUGGGGAACCCCGGAUGCAAGAUAUCCUUCACAACAUUGAGGUCAUGUUCAAGACCACUCAACCUGAACACAGACGUUGCGGGAUCACUCUUUCCAUGGACGAAAUUGCUAGCGAUGGUCGUCUCUGCUAUCUCACUGCCACGGACGAAAUAGCCGGUGUCUGCGAACAUGCAAAGCGGGAUUCGGUGAAGAUGGGAACAGAUUUGGAGAUAGUGCGUGCUGUUCGUGAAGCGAUACGUGAUGGGAAGAUUCAUGUGGGGCAGGAGGUCUUUGUUGCGGCCUUUGCAAGAAAUGACGAUGUGGAUUACGGUGCACGGCCUGUCCUCUUGAUGCCCACUUGCAAACAGGGCUCAUUUCGAGACUCCGCGCUCCUCAUUGAGAAGCUUCGACAAGCUUGGGAGAUGUCUCUAUAUGGCGAGGCGUUGCAUGGAUCCAUCUGGUCCAUAGCUUCGGAUGGUGACCCCAAGCGGCGACCAGCGUUGUACCUCCACUGCAUGGCUCACAAGCUCACGGCUGCCGAUGCCCUGCAUCAACAUCUUGGAAAUCUUCCAGGAUUGAACCUUUUCACGGGGAGCGGAGGGAUGACGCAGGAUCUGGAUGUAAAACAUGAUCUUAAACGUAUUUGCAAGACAAUCUGCGCACGCGAAGGCAUUUUGAUUAACGGGACCACUAUCAACAAGAGUCUCCUCGGCUCGUGGCUUGAACGUCUCUCGGAUGUCGAUUGGUCGGAAAACUCGAUCUACGCUCUUCUUAACCCAGCAUCGUCUAUCGUAGAAGCUAUCCACGCGCUCCUCGAUCCGAAAGACCCCCAAGAUGUUCCAAGAGCGAUUAAACUCCUCCGAGUCACGGCUGACCUGCGUGGUAUCGACAACUCUGACUUGAAUCCGUCAGAGUACUCAACCCAUCGAGCCUUCUCCCUUCUUGGUGAAUUGUUGGAGGCUCUUGUUGAACCCUUCAUCAAUCCUGAAUUCACGCUAUCUCAGCAAAUCACAAGCCUCGUUAAAUUUGCCCACAUAGCUUGUGCUUUGUUUUUGAAGCACGGGGGCGCCUUUCUUCCGCAACAUCUUUACGGCGAUCUACAAUGUAUGGUCCGGACUGCUAUAUUUCGUGUAGCGCAUACAAAACUUCUUGAUCCGAACUCAAAGUCUUUUUGUGUUUGCUUGGUGAUGAUGUACUUGAGGUGCUAUUUGGGCGGGUACGAAUGA